ACUCAGCAAAGGGCUCAAAUUUGGCCCUUCACGACAGCAUCGCGGGGCGGCGGCGGCGGCGGGCUCUAUUGACCAAAGACGUGGAAGAGGAAAGAGAGGAGCUGAUGUGCAGGGCGAAAGGUCGAGCAUAGGUACCACCAUGAAGUCCGAGCCAGGUCUCGAGGAUGGCGACACUGGGGAACGAGGCGGAACAGAGGAGCUCGCGACGGCUGCCGCUGAAGAGCCUGUCGCGGGAUUGACAACUCCUGCCGAGGAGGGCAGCAUCGCCACUGCUCCAGAUGGAUCGGGCGGUGAAGAUCUGGCAGCGAUGCCUGCGCCAACAUCGAGCAACAGUCAAGGGCUCUUACCCUUUCAGAAGACGUCGACCGGGCUCAAUGACGAGGAGCUCAAGAACAAAUAUGCACCUGGCUCAGCGCCUUACUGGAUCGGACCCGCCGCCAUUAACGCCCACGAAAGGGCAAGAAGCAAUAAUGCACCAAACCAGACGCCGCGAAACUUGCCCGUCAAACGAUACGAUGGAGAGCCACUAUCGAGGCCCGAUUUGCAGCACAACGUCCUCUGCCACCUCUUCAGCGAUACGACUCGAUGCUUCACCAAUCCUCGUCCUGGUCCACACGGUCCCAAGGGCUCGACGACCUGGAGGAGUCCAGUGCCCGUGUACCCGUAUGGCAUGGCAAAGACGUGCGCUAGGCGCUCCGACGAGACGCCCGAGGAACGCAAACAGUGGGAAGAACAAGUCCACAGCUACCAAGAAGCGCCCUUUGUCGACGGCACAUCGAGCGAGGCAAAGAGUGAAGAGGCAUCCACCAGCGAGGCUGCUGCUGCUCCGUCCUCUGCAGGCAUGGGUACGCCGCCGUCACUGAAGCAACGACAGGGCUAUCCCGCCCCGGGCAGCGACAAGCUGACGUUCAAGGAGCUCUACAUUGAAGCGCUCAUGCACAGCGGCAAGUGUACAAAGGCCAUGCGCGACAAGAUGCUGGCCGACGACGAAUUCGCAGAAGACUUUGCCAAGGUCUGUCUCCUCGUCAAUGUGGGCCGCAUCAACACGACGCUGGCCUUUUAUCCAGAGAUGAAGACAAUUCUUCGGUCUUACCACCCCCUGCCGGCGCUUCAGAGAAACGAAAACACGCGGCGUCACCUGCAGGAUGCUCCACGCAUGAAGUCGCUUCUCAAGUCGGUCCUCCUGGAUGGCGAGAGGCCAGGCGUGCCGGGCAGCACCACCGCGACCGGUGCACUGGCGGCCAAGAACGCAAAGGCAGGCGCAGACGAAGGUGCGGGCGAAGAGGCGCCGGGUGACUUGCCCGAACUAGUUCGACGAAGAGCACGCAAUGUCGAGAUGCGUCGCAAGAAGAUGGCCUCGUUAGGCCUCGACGAGAUGGACCCAGAGGCACCUCCAUUGAAGCCGUCGACGAGCGUCAUCACUGUCAUCUUCCUCUUGGCCAUGCAUGCGGCCGAGGUCACAACGCUGCAUUUCGAGGCGCCUCACGACUACUUUUCCCUCUUCUUCCCUCACCCAGACUUCGCAGUGCCUUCUCAAGAACGCGCCAAAUCUUUUCUCUGGCUUCUUUGGCACUAUCUCGAAGGAGGGGCGCAGCUGCCGCCCGGGCCUGACAAGACCGACGACGUGAUCUCUGCUGUUGGAGGCUUGUACGAGAACCCGUUCAACGACGAGGCAGGGCGUGAGAGCAGCUUACAGGCCCAUCGAGCCUGGGAUAGUUUGACGGAGCAGGAAAAGCAAAAGAUGGCAAAUACUCAGGUCAUCUGGAAGGGAACGAGGAAUCCGGCAUGGCAAGAAUGGAAGAAGAAGAAGCAAAAGGAGGCAGCAUCGUCCCAAGAGCGGCCGAAGAAUACUUCGUCUUCCUCGGCGACAGCGGCUGCAACAGACACAGACGGCGAUGCCAAAGUGGCGGAACAGUCCGUCGAGUCAACUAAGGCAGCAAGCGAAGGCGAGGGGGAAAAUGCGUCUGGCGCCACCUACCCGCCGUCAGAAUACGUCGAUCGAGUUCUUGCACCAAAGCUCUCCACGAUCUCCUUUGCGCAAUCGGCGCUCGAGAAUGUUGAUACGGAGGAAGAGUUGGAGUUUGGGCACAAGAUGAGAGAUACUAGAUCGGCUUUUCUUGUAAGAUUCCAGGAAGAGGAGCAGGCUCGAGUCGAGGGCGAGGAAGCCAAAAAGAAGGCUGCUGGCGGUGGCGGUGGACUCAAGGAGAGCAAGAGCAAUGCGCCGGCGAGAAAGAGUCCGAGCGAGGCGGUUGAUGGAACGAAUGACUCUUCGAUGAGUACUGGGCAGAGUGGAAACGUUGAAGGUGGCCUCGCGUCUUCAGCUCCAGCCGCAGGGAGCGGGUCAGCAGCCAAUGCAGGCGCAGCUGGUGGCAAGAAGAGGUCCAAUGCCACAGGAGGUGGAAGCUCAUACCCGUUGGCAAACAUUCUCGCUGCAGCCAAUGCAGGCAAGGACCGAGCGAGGCAGGAGGCUGCGGCUGCGGCUGCGGCCGCCGCCAAUCGUUCUUCUGCUACAGGCGACGACGGCGAGAGCUCCAAUAAACGACAGAGACUCAACGAGGACGGGUCUAUCUCGUCUUCAGGCGCUCUUGAUGCCACAGGACGCGCACAGACGGUUGACAAGGGCGACCUUCUUUGGGAGCUGGACCUGAGCACACCAUCCUCGCGAAACGCUACGUCGUCUGGCUUUGCUUCAGGAGCGUCUGAACCAGAGUCUCUCCCGCUGCUUGCCUGGCGUAGGAUUUUGGAAAGGGCACAGCGCGGUGUGGGCGAUGCAAGCUACGAGUCCGAUGACGAAAGGGUCGCACAGGACGAGGCGCGAGACGAGCGGCCAAAGCUGGAGCUCGCAAGGAUCUUGAACUGCUUGAGAGAAGUCAGAACCAGGAGGGGUCAGAUUGCCGCGCCCCUUGCACCGCCGCAAUCAGUACCGAGAGACCAUCACCGUCGGUCCAGCAGGCAGGGACAAGAGUGGUCCACAGUGGCGGCGAACGAGGCAAACACGGUGGAUGACGACAUCAUGUCGACGAUUUCCUGAGCAGUUCAAUCAUUUGCCACUCUUGCUCUAUGAGCGCGAUCGAAUCUUCUCUAUUCUUGAUGAGCUCAAAUUUCUUUAGAGUACAAAAGGGUCAAAAUGAAAGCAUGAGUCCUUCCCUGACGGGGAAGAGAAGAAAAAG